GUCUGUCUGGGUCUGUCUGUCUGUCUGUGUGUCUGUCUGUCUGGGUCCUCUUGGCCAGAGCCUGGGCUCAGAUUACACAGUAACACGUAGCGUCAGAAACCUGAGCCUUUGUCAGGACUUCACUCUCUUUCUCUCUCUCUCUCUCUCUCUCUGUGUGUGUGAGUGAGUGAGUGAGUGAGUGGCGGCGAUAGCGGUCCUGUCCCGGACUCCCCCACCGAUGUACCCGCACUGACUCCGCUCUCUCUGCCUUCUCAGCGCUGGACAUGGAUCACAGGCGCGGAUGCUGCUGUCGGCCGAUCGCUCGGAUGCUGCUGCUGUUGCUGCUGUGGACCUGGAGUUGCUGCCGACCCACAUCCAGCGCUCGGCUCAUGGAAGAAAGAGGCUCCAUUGGACACCUUGAUCUCACUGGACUGAUUGGGGUACCUCUCCCAGCAAAUGUCUCCUUCAUCACGGGAUAUGAAGGCUUCCCUGCAUACAGUUUCGGACUAGGAGUAAACAUUGGUCGGUUGACUAGGACGAUGAUACCUUCGCGUUUCUACAGGGACUUUGCAAUUCUCGUGACCAUUAGGCCAGAGAGUGAAAAUGGUGGAGUGCUGUUUGCAAUCACGAAUGCCUUUCAAAGCAUCAUUUACUUGGGGCUGAAGCUAACUUCAGUGUGGAAUGGUAGUCAGCGGAUUGUGUUAUUUUACACGGAGAGGAGCUAUCAAGCUUCCCACGAGGUGGCUUCCUUUGAGGUGCCGGCCAUGACAAACAAGUGGACACGCUUUGCUUUGUCUAUUCAAGACAAUCUUGUCACCCUGUACUUAGACUGUGAGGAAGAUCAGCGAAGUUACAUGAAGCGAUCAUCUCAACCCUUAGUCUUUGAUUCCAGCUCGGGGAUUUUCAUUGGAAAUGCAGGAGCAUCAGGUUUAAACAACUUUGUAGGAUCCAUACAGCAAUUAACGAUUAAAUCAGACCCAAGGGCCAGUGAGGAACAGUGUGAAGAGGAAGAGCCAUAUGGGUCUGGUGAAGGCAGCGGUGAGGGGAGCGGUUAUGAUUCUCACCAGGUGCAAGCAGGAACUCGAGCCCAAAUUCAAACAGCUACUCCACAAACCAUCAGAGAAGACACUCUGAUUGGUGAACCGUUCAAAGCGCCACCUACUGUGGAGCCUCUCGCUGUGGAGAUUGAGGGCCCCUCAGGACAGCUGGAAUCAAUGCUGCAGGAGGUGCUGCCAUCAGGCACAUCAGGAGAGAGCCCUUAUUCUGGGCACCUGGAGUUUGGAGUGGAAGGAGAAAAAGGGGCUCCUGGACAAAAAGGUGAGACUGGUGAUCUGGGACCACCAGGACCUAAAGGAGAAAUCGAAUCCGGAAGUGGCAACUUACAGACCGAGAUAGGAGAAAAGGGUGAAAAGGGUGACCCAGGAAGUAAGGGGAAAAGUGGAGUUGGAUCUCCUGGUCUCAAAGGUGAGAAGGGUGAGGCGGGAUUGCCGGGUAUUCCUGGGUCCCCCGGGCCAGUCGUUGUUCCUACAGUUCCAGCAAUACCUGGCCCACCGGGUCCACUGGGCCCACCAGGUCUGCCGGGCAAAGAUGGUCCAAAGGGUGUACCUGGAAAAGAUGGAAAACAUGGUGAACAAGGACCUGCUGGAUUUCCAGGAACUCCAGGUGAUCUGGGCCCCAAAGGAGAGAAGGGUGAUCCUGGAUUUUCUGGUCACCCAGGCCUACCUGGUCUUCCCGGUCCUCCUGGCCCACCUGGUCCUUCCACUCAACUCGGGGUCCUGGGAGUGUCGGAAGGCUCAGGUGUUGAUGGGUUUGUGGACAGUGACAUGGAAGUAACUCGUGGAUCCCCUGGGUUGCCAGGGCUUCCGGGGCCUCCAGGUCUCCCUGGUAUUCCAGGUCUUCCUGGUCAUCCAGAUAAAGCGAAGGUAAUGGACUCAUACUUAGUCGGCUCCUCGGCAUCACCUGGGGCCCCUGGCCAGCCAGGACAGGAUGGCGCAUCGGGUGAGCCAGGUCCGAGAGGUCCAUCAGGGCUGGAUGGAGUUGCAGGUCCAGCCGGACCAAAAGGAGACAAGGGUGAUCAUGGUCUGCCUGGCCUCCAGGGAGCAAAGGGUGACAUGGGAGAUAAUGGACUGCCAGGUCCUGCAGGCAAACCAGGUCAGCCCGGCAAAGAGGGGCCAAUGGGACCACCAGGACCUCCGGGACCUCCAGGACCCUCGAGAGCUUCAGGAAGAGAAGGGAGCGGGAUCAGCUCCGGAUUUGAGGAUAUGGAAGGUUCUGGUGCAUUUGGACUACCGGGCAUCCCGGGCAAGGCUGGACUCCCAGGUCCUCAGGGACCCCCGGGUGCUAAAGGUGAUGCAGGUCCUUCUGGUGAAAAGGGAGCUUCAGGUUUUCCAGGGCAAGAGGGAGAGAUAGGACAAGCUGGGCUACCAGGACCAAUGGGACCAAGAGGUGAGAAAGGUGAAGCAGGACUUAAGGGUGAGCGUGGCCUUGAUGGUGUUGGUAACCCAGGACUCCCCGGCCAACCUGGACCUCCGGGCCCCAUCGUAUCACUGCAGGACUUACUGCUGAACGAUACUAAAGCAUUGUUCAACUUCAGUGUUCAAGCACUGCCAGGACCACCAGGGCCAGAGGGCAUGCCUGGUCAUGCUGGAUUUCCUGGCCCACGGGGACCAAAAGGUGAUCUGGGUUUAACAGGUCCACCAGGAGUAAAGGGUGAGAAGGGUGAGCCUGGGGCAUCCAUUGCUGCAGAUGGCUCUUUGAUGGCGUUGACAGGAGUGCAAGGACCAAAGGGCCAAAAGGGUAGUCCAGGUUUCAUGGGACCCCAAGGACCUAUGGGUCCAAGAGGAUUUCCUGGAUCAAAAGGGGAAUUUGGCCUGCCGGGUCGACUUGGUCGCCCUGGAAAACACGGAGUUCCGGGUCAAAAAGGUGAAGCUGUAAUAUCACAAGGUAAUCCAGGGUUACCAGGUCCUCCUGGACUUCCAGGCCCUCCGGGACCUGUUCUCAAUUUAAAAGGGACAGUUUUCCCGGUCCCUCCCAGACCCCACUGCAAAAUGCCUGUAAAUGGCGAACCUGGACAACAGACAGCCAUUAAUUUCCUGGGUCCAAAGGGACAGAAAGGUUCAGUGGGCUUUCCUGGAAACGGUGGUAGUAAAGGUGAUAAAGGGGACCAGGGCUCACCGGGGCCACCAGGUCCUUAUUCAUUCCUUGGCAGUUAUGGGAAUGGCCACAAGGGUGAAAAAGGAGAUGGCGGGGCCAUGGGGCCGAAAGGUGACAAGGGAGACUCGGGUGGCUUGUUCAUGCCAGGUUCCCGCGGACCUACAGGACCUCCUGGGAGACCUGGCCCAGUGGGACCCAAGGGGGAAUCUAUCGAGGGACCAAUGGGACCACCAGGGAGAUCUGGUGUCCCAGGAUCCCCAGGUUACGGGAUUGUAGGACCACCAGGACGACCGGGACCCCCGGGAUCCCCAGGAGCAGCGGGGGUCUUUGGAUCAGCUGUUGCGCUUCCAGGCCCCCCAGGACCACCGGGACCACCAGGACCACCAAGCACAGGAAGCCCAGUGACCAUAUUCAAGAAUGUGGAUCUUAUGCACAAGACAACUUAUAUUGUGUCUGAAGGUUCUCUAGGCUAUGUCUCGGAGAGAGGUGAUCUUUACAUCCGAGUUUACAAUGGUUGGAGGAAGCUUCAGCUUGGCGAUUUGGUUCCUGCCCCUGCUGAUGAUCCAUUUAAUGCCCUUAACUAUCUCCCAGCACCAAAUUCCUUCCCCAAGAUAAAUAACGAAAAGCCAGCAUUGCACCUGGUUGCAUUGAAUACACCUCUCUCUGGUAACAUGCAAGGCAUCCGUGGAGCUGAUUUUCAUUGCUUCCAGCAAGCUCGAGCAAUGGGCUCAAUGGCAACUUAUCGGGCUUUCUUAUCCUCUCAUCUACAAGACCUGUACACCAUUGUGAGGAAGGCUGACAGAGUAAAGAUGCCAAUUGUCAACCUAAAGGGGGAAGUGCUCUUCGCCAACUGGGAGGCCAUAUUUAAAAGCCGUGCCGCGUUCGACACAAACAUUCCUAUUUAUUCCUUCGAUGGUAGAAAUAUCAUGAAAGAUCCAUCCUGGCCUCACAAAAUAAUAUGGCAUGGGUCAAACGAAAACGGAGCCGGUGUCCCAACGAACUACUGUCAAGCUUGGCGGAGAGCAGACAUGGUGAUUACCGGGAAGGCCUCACCACUGUCAAGUGGGAAACUACUGGUUCAGCAUCUGUACAACUGUGCCAAUAACUUUGUUGUUCUGUGCAUUGAAAACAGUUACAUGCAUGACCAGAGGAGGAGAAAAUAAGUCAACAGCUAGAUGUGAACGAUUUGGGUUAUAUCAAGUCUACAAUUUCAUCAGAAAAUCAGAAAAUGGAUAAUACACUGUUAUUUUCUAUAAAUAUGUGAAUGCCUGGAUGAUGUAAAUAUUGCUUUCUGAUGAGAUUGUAAGUUUACAGAAAGUUACAUGGAAAUAGAAGCCAAAGAUGACAUACCUCAAACUCUGCAUUGGCCGAUUUCAAACGUAAGCCUGAUUUGUACUAAUAAAGACUCCAGUUUUGCACAGUUUCCCCAACCACCUUCAUUGAUGCUUCGGUGCUAAUAAAUCAAUCAUGGGGUUGCUGUUAAAAAUGACUAUUUAUCAGAGCGUUUUACUCAACUUCUACAAAGCCAAGUUGAGCUCAUACAGUCAUGCACAUGCACUGCAAAAAUACUUCAGUGUUAAUACUCACUCAUCUUUCAUCCCAGCCUCAAUCAUGAAGGAACUUUGUGCAAACACUGCGAAAAAUACAAGCUGUAGGUUUGUUGUAAAUGUGCUGUCAUUUACUGGGCUGUGUUCAGUGUGCAAAUGCUUUAUGAUUGGUUCUAAUGUACAUUGUAAAACUAAUCAUUGAUUCUUACUACUAAACUGUAUAAUGGUACCUUAUAAAGUAUUUUAAUGCACAUAUAGGUGUUUUUAACAAUGCUGUUUUCCACAUUAACUGGGACUUUUCUUUAACAUCUUCAAAUGUUUCUGAAAGCAGUAUUAAGCAAAAGUACCUACAUUGUAUUUAUUGCUUCUACACUUCUGUAUUGUAUUCUUGAGUUUAACCUAUUUUUACAAUGCAGUUAUACUACUACAAAUCAAUAAGCUUAACCAUUUUCCCUUACAGUAUUUUGUAGAAGAAAAAAGGGGCAGUAGACUAUAGAACAGUAAAAUUAUUUCACAGUGAAUUUAUAUCCGAUUAGUAUAAAUUUUAGAAAAGGCAUUUUUCUUUUCCAGCAUAAUCAUUUUACCACGCAGAUUAUAGUACAUUCCAUAGGCUCCACUAUCACACUAGAAAAAUAAUUUUUUGCAUAAAUCAGCAACCUUUUUAAUAUAUGAGACAAACGUCUGAAUCAGAUUGUUUUGAAAUGAAGGAUGUUUCACACUCUGAAUAAACAUAAUACUUUUUUUUACA